AUGGCUGUGAAAUGGAUUCCAUUUCUGCUGUUACUGCAGCUGAGUCAUUACUUUAACUCUGGAAGUUGUGGAAAAGUGCUGGUUUGGCCAAUGGAAUAUAGCCAUUGGAUGAAUUUGAAGACGAUAUUGGAUGAACUUGUACGGAGGGGUCAUGAGGUAACUGUUGUGAGACCAUCUUCUGCAGUUAUUGUGGAUAUCAAUGAACCAUCUAAUAUUAAACUUGAAACUUUUCCUUCAUCUUUCAAUAAAGAUGAAAUGAAUUCUUUCUACAUGGAAUUUAUCAGGAUGUGGACUUACGAUAUCCCAAAACAUACAUGCUUGUCAUAUUUUCCAUUGUUGGAAGAACUGUUUAUGGAAUAUUCUGAUUCUUGGGAAACUAUUUGUAGAGAAGCAGCUUCAAACAAGAAACUUAUAGCAAAGCUACAAGAGUCAAGAUUUGAUGUCCUCCUUGCAGAUGCCAUUGGUCCCUGUGGUGAGCUGCUGGCUGAGAUACUCAAACUUCCUUUUGUGUACAGUCUCCGCUUCAUUCCUGGGUACACAUUUGAAAAAUACAGCGGAGGACUUCUGGUCCCUCCUUCUUAUGUACCUAUUAUUUUGUCAGGAUUAAGUGGUCAAAUGACAUUUAUGGAGAGGGUACAAAAUAUGAUAUGCAUGUUUUAUUUUGACUUUUGGUUCCAGACAUUUAAUGAGAAGAAGUGGAAUCAGUUGUAUAGUGAAAUUUUAGGAAAACCUACAACCUUAGCUGAGACCAUGGGGAAAGCAGAAAUGUGGCUCAUUAGAUCUUACUGGGAUAUGGAAUUUCCUCGCCCAACCUUACCAAAUAUUGAUUUUGUUGGAGGACUUCACUGUAAACCUGCCAAACCUUUGCCUAAGGAAAUGGAAGACUUUGUCCAGAGCUCUGGAGAAGAUGGCAUUGUGGUGUUUACCCUGGGAUCAAUGGUACCUAACAUAACAGAAGAAAGGGCCAAUUCUAUUGCAUCAGCCCUUGCACAGAUUCCACAAAAGGUUCUUUGGAGAUUUGAGGGCAAGAAACCAGCCACCUUAGGAGCCAAUACUCGGCUGUACAAUUGGCUCCCCCAGAAUGACCUUCUUGGUCAUCCCAAAACCAAAGCUUUUGUAACUCAUGGUGGAGCUAACGGUGUCUAUGAGGCAAUCCAUCAUGGGAUCCCUAUGGUGGGUAUUCCUUUGUUUGGAGAUCAACAUGAUAACAUUGCACACAUGGUGGCAAAAGGAGCAGCCAUUGGACUGGAGAUAAAAACAAUGUCAAGUGCAGAUUUGCUCAGAGCAUUGAAGACCGUCAUUAACAACCCUAGCUAUAAGGAGAAUGCUAUGUGGUUAUCAAUCAUUCACCACGAUCAGCCUAUGAAGCCCCUGGAUCGAGCUGUCUUCUGGAUUGAGUUUGUCAUGCGCCACAAAGGAGCCAAGCACCUGAAGCCACUUGCACACAACCUCACCUGGUACCAGUACUACUCUUUGGAUGUGAUUGGAUUUCUACUGGCCUGUGUGGCAACUGCUACUUUCCUUGUCAUAAAAUGUUGCUUAUUUGGCUAUCAAAAGUUUGUUAAGAUAGGGAAAAAGAAAAAGAUGGAGUAG